AUGGAGCUACCCAGAAGCCUCGACGUCUACAGAGACAACAAUCUCAUCAUCCAGGAUUAUGACGGUAUAUUUGCUCUCCCACGUCCGCUACCGCCUCUUUCCACACAAACACUUGUCCAAUGCAUUUUCAACGGCUAUAGGAGCAGUAUCAAGAUGCGCCUCAUGGCUCUCACCGAUAUCACCCCCUGCCUCUGUGUAGUGGGACCAAUCGAGAGCAUUGAAGCAGGUAUGGUGGCGAUGGUAGUUACCUCGGAAGUGGAGUACUACAAGCUGCUGAGAAGCAAUCCUGAAGACAGUCAGCCACGAUCAGACUCUGUGUCUAUAUUUUCCCUAUAUAAGGAUUCAUUUCAGUUAAUUGAGAAUGCCGGGAUUGAUGUUUUGGCCUGGAGCUUUUAUGGGGUUGACAAUUCCCCGUUCAUGGAUCGCCAAGGUAAGGUGUUGCCUAUCAGAGCUAAUACACAUCCAGACCUCUCUUACCCAUAUCAGCAGUCUGGUGAGCCCUCUUCGACUCCACAGGGUGAGAACAAUGAUGCAGCCGAGAUCAAGACUCUCAGACUUGAACUAGGACAGGCAAGAGCUGAGGCGCUGAACAACAGGAUAUUAAAGGAGUACAUACAGGCUAAGUGGUUGACAACCAUUUGUGAUGCUGAAUAUCAAGUAAGCGAGAGACGAACCGCCCAGCUGGUCAAAAGGUGUAUUGCCAAAAGGUUUGAACAGUCGCAGAAGAAACACGGAAAGCCGCAGAAGAUCGUUAUGUUGGCCACAGAGAAGCAAGUUGACAGUAAAGCCAAAGAGAUGACUGAAUAUAAGGACGAAGAAGCAACCAGACCGUUCACAAAGUAUGACUAUGAUGUUUUUGUCCGGACUUUGUUUGACGUUAUUCAUGCGCUCCGGAAGGACGAAGAGAAAGUGGUGAAAGGGAAGAAAGUGUCUUGA